AUGGUGAGAGAAAUACCAGUAUAUCAUAUCCAACAUGACUUUACAGACUGCAUCAAAGAUGUGCAAGAGGGCAAACUAGAGGAAGAUAGCUUCUACAUCAAUAAAGACCUAACGCUAGAUAAAAUCAAAGAGUACAGGGUUAACAUACGUUCACAAGACGACUCCGAAUACGAUGCAGGACAAGGAAAUACCUUCCAAAAAGUUACUCCAGACAGAUACAGAGCAAUAUUGGAUGGAGAUUUGUGUUCUUUUCAAGCGUGCAGUAGUGAUUAUUCUGCUGAAACCGAGGACACAGAGUGGACUGCUGUUGAUGCCAUUGACACGCCAACAUCUCAGUAUGUACUUGGUGACUCUAACGGAAACAUACAUCUGUAUUAUGAGCUGUUUAACCCUUUAUAUAAGAUCGAGGAAGCGCAUUUCGGUGAUAUUACAUCAGUCAAGUUCUUCCCCAGUGGCAAGCUCAUCCUGUCGGCAUCAACAGAUAUGCGAAUGAAGAUAUGGUCCCUGGAAGACAGGUUUAAUCCAAGAACAUUUGUAGGACACCAAGGUCCUAUUACUGAUACGGCGAUUAUUGAUAGAGGCAGAAAUGUUUUAUCUAGUUCUAAAGAUGGGAAGCUAAAGCUAUGGGAAUGCGGCUCUGGGAAGGCAGUUGCCACUAUGUUCAGAAAAGAAAACCCAAAUGACGCUAUCAAUUCAAUGUCGUUAUUAGUUGAUAACAGUCCAGGUCGGGAACAAAAUAAUGGGCCAUUGGAAUUUGGAACCCUCGGAAAACGGGCUCUGGCGGGGCACUCUUCUGGAGUUGUUACCAUGCACGAUAUCUUCAGCAAGGAUGAGCAAUUACAACUGCCAAACGAAUUCAUGUGUGCAUGUAAUGCUGUUGCUGCAUCAGAAGGGAAGCAGAAUAGUAUAUAUGCUGGCUACCAGGAUGGGACUGUUGCAGAAUGGGAUUUAAGGUUCCCCGCAAAAAGCGUGUCAAGCAUUUCAUUCAAUAAGGGCACCCCAAUUAAUACAUUAUGCGCCACAGACCGGUUCCUGUAUAUUUCUUCCGAACCUGAUACAAGUAUAAAGCUUGAUAUAUCGGGAGAAAAUGGAUCUUCCACAAGUCAGGAACCAGCUACGUUCUUGGUUUCAAAUGACAAUAAAGUGUCGCAAUUCAUUCAGGCGCCCCGAAAGGAUAGUGUUGUUUCCGUAGGUAACCGUGGUUUCAUUGCUGCAUACAAGGUUUAUUAUAAUUCGUGA